CCCCAGCUGUCCCUCUCCCCCCCAAAAGGCCACGUUGGUGUUCUCCUAGAAGCAAAAAGGUUCUAGCAACUUCGCGCAGAUAAUAAAUUCCAAUUGAUUGUCUCCUUCUCUCCGCUCGAUGUCUUUCUUCCUUUAGUCUUUCGUGGAGAAUCAUUUUUCUUCGUCGUCAGCUCUGGGAAUCCUUCAUCGUCGUUUCCCAUUCCCCUCGUCCUCCUCGUCUUGAUCUGAUCUCCCUUACCAUCGCCGGGUCGGCUGCCGUCGAUAACUAAAAGCUCUUUCGUGGACAGCUGUCUCUUUCUCCGCCAUUUGGCUUCUUCAUUGAUUCUAUAUAUAUUUUAUUCACUAGCAGUUAUGCAUCUCAACUCCGCUGUCGCUAUUGCCCUUCUGGCAGGCGGUGCCCAAGCCCAUGGCUUCCAUGGCAUGGGAGGCCCUCACGGUCACGCUGGCCAACACCACAUCCCAGGUGCUCCUGGUGCCGGUGGCGCUGCCGCGAAGCCAUCCACCUCGUAUACCAUGCCUGCCGUGAUGCCCACAUUCACUCCUACUACCGCCAAGGGCGAAUUCGUCGAGCAGUUCGGUAAUGGCUGGGAAUCUCGAUGGAAAGCCUCCCACGCCAAGAAGGACACCAAGGGCUCGGAAGAGGAAUGGGCCUACGUUGGCGAGUGGGCAGUUGAAGAGCCCUAUAUCUACAAUGGCCAGGUUGGCGACAAGUAUCUCGUCGCUAAGAACGCUGCCGCCCAUCACGCUAUCUCUGCCAAGUUCCCCAAGGCGAUUGACCCUAAGGACAAGACUCUUGUGGUCCAAUACGAGGUCAAGCUGCAGAAGGGUCUCGAAUGCGGUGGUGCCUACAUGAAGCUCUUGCGUGACAACAAGGCGCUUCAUCAAGAGGAGUUCAGCAACGCCUCUCCAUACGUCAUUAUGUUUGGUCCCGACAAGUGCGGCCACACCAACAAGGUUCACUUCAUUUUCAACCACAAGAACCCUAAGACUGGCGAAUACGAGGAGAAGCAUCUUUCUUCCCCUGCCCAGGCCGACAUUGACAAGUUCACUCACUUGUACACUUUGAUUGUCCAGCCCAACAACACCUUUACUGUACAAAAGGAUGGCGAGACCGUUCGUGAGGGCAGCCUCCUUGACCAGUUCUCACCAGCUGUCAACCCCCCAGAGGAGAUUGACGACCCUGAAGAUAAGAAGCCCGAGGACUGGGUUGACGAGGCACGUAUUCCUGACCCUGAGGCCAAGAAGCCAGAGGACUGGGAUGAGGAUGCGCCAUUCGAGAUUGUCGAUGAGGAAGCUGAAAAGCCUGAGGAUUGGCUCGAGAACGAGCCCACGACCGUUCCCGACCCCGAGGCCCAGAAGCCUGAAGAUUGGGAUGACGAAGAGGAUGGCGAUUGGGUUGCCCCUCUUGUGCCCAACCCCAAGUGCGCUGAGGUUUCUGGAUGUGGUUCUUGGACCAAGCCCAUGAAGAGCAACCCCGACUACAAGGGUCCCUGGAGUGCCCCGUACAUUGACAACCCUGACUACAAGGGAGUCUGGGCACCUCGCAAAAUUGCUAACCCUGACUACUUUGAAGACAAGACCCCUGCCAACUUUGAACCCAUUGGCGCUAUUGGCUUUGAGCUUUGGACAAUGCAAGCUGACGUGUCGUUCGACAACAUCUACAUUGGUCACUCCAUCGAUGAAGCCAAGAAGCUAGCCGACGAGACUUUCUUCGUCAAGCAACCCGUUGAGAAGGCUAUUGAACAGGCCGAGAAGCCCAAGGAUGCUGACAAGCCCAAGUCUCCAUCUGACCUCAAGUUCCUCGACGACCCUGUAACCUACGUCAAGGAGAAGCUCGACCUCUUCCUCACCAUUGCUGCCAAGGACCCCGUUGAAGCCAUCAAGUUCGUUCCUGAAGUUCCUACCGCUAUUGGCGGUCUUCUAGUCACCAUCCUUGCUCUUGCUGGUAUCCUCACAUCUGGAGGCAGCGCCCCAGCCCCCGUCAAGAAGGCGGCUGCUGAUGCUAAGGAGAAGGCCAAGGACGCCAAGGACAAGGCUGCUGAAGCUGUUUCUACUGGUGCCGAGAAUGUCAAGGCUGAGGUGAACAAGCGGGCUGGAAAGGGCUCAUCGUAAGGUGCGAGAUAGUUGGGUUAUGCAAGGAGUAAAAAUAAUUGCACCUCUACGUGGUUAGGGCUGGCCUGGAGAUGGCCAGGGCCUGUAAUACUAUACCACCAAGGAUAGGGUCUCUUUGUUGCAGUCGGUUACUUCGCAUGGCGUACGUGUGUAUUUACUUAUUCCCAAUAAAUUGGUCAAUUUAUAUAUCUAUGGAAAAUUUUGUGCAGUGAUUGAUUAUAGGGUUAUCUCAUGACGAAUUGGCUAGUUGUGACUAUCAUCAAUCUAGCUUCUAGAGUAGAGUAUAUGUCCCAGCACAUCUAUUGCCGAGGAUUUGAAUAGUCUCGUUUCAACUUGCCUGUUUGACUUGACACAAUCUAGCCAUGAAUGCGACCUGAGACAUAAAUGGGAGAUAGGAGUGCCUACUUAGUAGAUCGGGUUAACCAUGUAGAAGUAAGUUUAGCCUAUAGGGCGGAUGAAUGCUUAUCACGGAUUCCGUGGUUAAAGCUUAGAAGCCGUAUUAUAUUAUACUGCAGAGCUAGCUAUCUUUGGUUGCUUAAGUAUACUUUUGGUGGAUGGUAGACGUUGAAUUCGAUUACUUGCCAGUGUUAGUGUACGAUCGCACAUAUAAUUCACCGUGCGAGUGUCG